AUGAGGAAAGUAAUUUUGUUUGUUUGUGUAGCCUUUAUACUACUUCCUUGUGAUGACAGCAAAGCUGUAGGUACUCACAUCAUCGGGAUACCGGGCACAGGAAUAAGCAACAGUUUUGUAUACGUAAAAAUCGGUCGAGAACUCGCGAAACGAGGUUACAAAUACACCCUUGUUGUUCCUACUUGGCAAGAACAGGAACUAAAAGAAACGGGAGCAUACUUGGGCUGGCUUCAAGUUAAAUCUUAUGUCAGUGCAAUCUCAGGAAGAGAUCUAGAAAAACUCAUCUUAAAAGAAGUAGAAGGAAGAUUAGGUAUCGCUGAAAGAAUUGAGUUUUGGAGAUCUGCUUGUGAGAGUUUGCUGCAACAUAAUGAGCUUUUGAACAGCCUGAAGGAAGUUGAUUUGGUUGUCUGCGAGAUCACAAGCAUAUGCUGUGCGAUUGUAGCGGAUCUUCUCAAAGUAAAUCGUGUAGAUUUGACUCCUAGUGGAUUUAUCGACCCUUAUCUGAGUUUUAUUCAUAACUUUCCUUCCCCUGUUGCGUAUGUUCCACAUGGAACUGUUAAACUUCCCAAGAGGUUACAAUUUCUUCACAGAGUCCAAAAUGUAAUGCUUUACAUUCUCGGGUAUGUAAUGCAUAAAUUUGCCUUUAUUCCGCCCUUUGAGGACCUCUGGAGAUCUUACGCGAAAGACAGUAAAUUUACAAGUCUCGAGGAGGUUUUCAGGGCGACUGGUUUGCUUCUAAUUCCGAAUGACUUUGCAAUGGAUUUUCCCAGACCCUUUGGAGCCCAUGUGAAAAUAGUUGGACCACUUCUUCCAGACCCACCUAAACCGCUUCCCCUGAAAACAGAAUGUUUCAUAACUCAGGGAAAUUUUAAAGAGUUAGUGCUGGUUUCACUUGGAACAGUUAUCUCAAACUUCACAUCACACUUUGUGGAUACCAUUGCAGAAGGUCUUGCUAGGGUACCCGCCAAGGUCAUCUGGAAACAUAAGGGCAAACAACCUCAAUAUGUCAGUGAAAACGUCAAGAUUGUGCCAUGGAUGAGGCAAAACGACCUCUUAGGCUUUGCCUAUACAAAAGUGUUUUUGACGCAUGGAGGGUUAAACAGCAUUCUUGAAAGUGCGUAUCAUGGAACACCCAUGGUUGUGCUACCCCUCUUUGGAGAUCAACCAGCCAAUGCCAUGAAAGUUUUUGAAGCAGGGAUGGGUGUUAUACUGGAGGCUCGAGAUUUGACACCAGUCCAGAUAACAGAUGUUAUAACUGAAGUUCUUAGAAAUCCUAAGUACAAGGAAAAUGCGAUGAAGGUUUCAAAACUGAUGCGUCACAGACGCAUCAGUCCAACAGAGGAGGCGUGUGAUUGGAUAGAAUAUGGGUUACAUCAUAAUGCAGGGUUACAUUUAAGAAGUGAGGCUGAUAAUUUAUCCUUCAUUCAGUUAUAUCUCUUGGAUGUGUUGUUUCUCAUGAUUGUUGUCCUAAUUGGUCUUGUGGCUUUGUUCUACUUUACUUUGAAGUAUUGUUUUGUUGGUGUGGCACAAAUUUUAUUUAAAAAGACAAAAGCUGAAUAA